UGCGUUUCGGUUUUUGAUUGGCUAACCGUACUAUGAUGUCGACUUCCUUGUUUUACGUACGGGGGCUGUCUCUUCGUUCUCUACAUUAAUGGCCAUUGUAGAACCUUUUCUUCUUCCUUUUAGAGCUACUUUGAUUACCAAAUCAAGAAUAGUAUGUUGUUUGUUUACUGAAUUGAACCAGUGAGAUACCAUAAAGACUUUUCCCCUUUUUCAUCAUUAUCGUCGUAUCGUAUACGAAGAGACAGGAAAAAAAGACAGUCUAGAGAAACUAGGAACUGAUCUGAUCUGAGGUUGUUUAAUUUGAGGAUUAUAUAUAGAUCAAUCUGCAGAAUCUGGGGUUUCUGUUUCUGGGUUUCUGAGGUUGUUUCUGAUCCUCUUUACUCAUCGGCUAUCUUCUAGAUUUGCAUCGAGAUGGUGAGAGGGAAGACGCAGAUGCGGCGUAUAGAAAACGCGACAAGCAGACAGGUGACUUUCUCGAAGAGGAGAAAUGGGCUGUUGAAGAAGGCGUUUGAGCUUUCUGUGCUUUGUGAUGUUGAGAUUGCUCUCAUCAUCUUCUCCCCCAGAGGAAAACUCCAUGAAUUUGCAAGCUCCAGCUCGCAGGAGAUUAUAGAGAAAUACCGCAAACACGUGAUGAACAAUCGAGCCGAAAACCCUUCAUCAGUGGAAGGGCAACCUAUAGAGCAAUUGCAGCACGAAAUCGAAGUAAUGAAGCACAAAAUAGACUGUCUUGAAGCAUCCAAACGGAGACUCUUAGGGCUACGCUUGGGCUCAUCCACCUUUGAAGAGGUAGAAAUGAUAGAGCAGCAUGUGCAGAGGAGUGUGAACAUCAUCCGAGCAAGAAAGAUGAAGAUCUUCAAAGACAGCAUUGAGCAAUUAGAAGAAAAGGGAAAAGUUCUAACUGCUGAAAAUGCAAUGCUUUGGGAGAAGUAUAAGGGACUUGAACCACAUAAAGUAUCAAAGGAGGAAGAUGACAGUCAUGAUUCCACCCUCUAUGUCAAUGGUGGUGAUGAAAAAUCAGAUGUUGAGACUGAAUUAUUUAUUGGAUUACCAGAAGGGUUUCGACAACUUACCAGUGAAAUUCCGACAUUCAGACAACAAAGUAACCGGCGAACGGUCGCCAAUCACGGAGAAGGAGACCAAGGUGGAGAUGUAAAAUUAUUAUCUCUUAAUUUGUUGGGUAGUAUCUACAAAUUAAAGUCAUAUUGUUUUAGACUUGUAUUUGGCAACGAAAGGUGUGCAUUGUCUUUGAAUUUGAGAGGAUUUGAUCUUUUAUUAAUUGUUUAUUGUGUUAAAACUUAGUAUAAAAUCAUUGAU